AUGACGGACGUAUACCGUCCCGCAACGGGCAGAUGCCCACCUCUGCGACAGGUGCGAGGAACGAGGCUUGAUACGAUAGAGGAGGACGCGCGCGAGGCGCAGUAUGCCGACUCUACAGGGCCUGUUGCCUCCAGCACCAAGCAGACACCACCAAAGGCACCGCAACCUCCACAGCCACCCCAAUUGAAGCUCAAGACUAGUGGGCUCUCAUCGGUGUCAUCUCGACUGAAUCGUUUCUUUUCGCCAAUAUCUGCAGGCUCGGUCUCCUCUUGUUCGGACACUGAAUGGCAGCGUCAGAUGCAACCGUUCGAAGACCUAUACGAUGCAACCGACGAUGAUUCUGACAUCAGUGACGAGUGCACUUCCUUCGCUAGCACCCGGCCAACAAGCUUGGUGACACCCACGACGCGUACUUCAGUCUUCUCCCCCGUCUCCCGUAGUCGGUACCCGAGCCUCACGAUACCAUCAUCCACAAUGUGGCCAUCGCUGCAUGGUGCUGCAAAGAGCUCCCCGAUCCCACCAACUCCGCCGCCAAAGAUUCCUGUCUCUCCCGCCGCCCUCUCUAUGCUUGCCCAUUCGGUGCCGGCCGUGCAUGCGCCGCCGUCCUUGGAUGGCAGUGUCUCCUCGGACCAGGUGUCGAACAUCAGUGCUCCAGCAACUCCAGACCUGCAAUCCCUUCCAGACAAUGAUUGGACUGCGCAGGACGUGCAUGUUCGUCACGAAUUAGAAGAUUCCCAAGACGAAGAGCUUGAAGCGGACCCGGAUACCCAAAGCAUUCAGAUUGCUAUCGAAAGCGCCAAUGAGGACUGGCGGCAGGUCCUAGGCAGGUUUCCACGGAUCCCAGGCGGUCAAUCAACCGCAUCGUCGAUUGACUUGGAUGCUGAGCCAGUAAGGGGAGACACACCGUCUGAUCGAGGCGUAUCUCUUCCUGCAGAUGCCUUGGAGACACUGAGGCACAUCUCACUCGAUGGUACCCCAGAUCCCUGGUCGGAAACUUCUGAGUCUAACGAAGAGAUGUGGCAAAUCCGUAUGCCUCCAGAGCGCCCCCGGAGUGCGGACGACGCCACCCCGGCGUCGGAACUCUCAGGGUAUAGUUUCAGCAGGCUGAGCAUACCCUCACCCGGUGGCUUUUUUGCUUCACUGGGUCCACGAGCACGCCACACCUGGUCUAUUCCCUGUGGAAAUAAGCCACCGAAUUCUGCCACUGCCGAGGGCUUCUACAAGCUACCGUUCUCCCGGACCGAGGGAGAGGUCGUGGAGCAUGUAAUAGACUACCCCGAACGGACGACAGAAGAACAGCUGACGGCCGUGUAUGACCCCGUCGGACCACCCACUGCCAUCAGGAUCCCGGAGGAAAAGACACCCAGGUUAUCUGAUCACUUCGAUGAUCAAGCAUGCUCUGAGGAUGACGCUAUGGACGAUGCUAUUGCACCCAUCGGCCCGGACGAUCAAUACGAACGAGACGAGGACUACGAGAGCGAAUUAAAGCAGAAAGCGAUGUCGGGGCUGGACCGGACCAGCGAUUGGCUGGCAGCCCAGGCUUCUUACCUUUCAGCUCUCAAUGAGACCAAUCCCGUGAAUAUGCUGGACGAAGGUCCUUACAACGGUGAAGGUGGGGGCAACACCGAUCGGCAACCACCUAAUCAGCUAAGCCGGAAGCAGUCUGUUCGGCUUGCCAAAGCGCUUCCAGAAGCGCCUAGCUCCCGCCCCUCUUUAAUGGCGAGUAGAGACUCCAUUUACUGGCGCGGAUUUAAGGCGGUCCAGCAGCAGUCCGGCAGUCGAGAUACCUUUGUGCAUCGAAACACGAGAUUUGAUGCCGUUCAAUCUGUUCGACUGGGUUUGACGGACGCGCAUAUCAAGCGUUUGCGUGGAAACUAUGAAAUUGCUCGUCCGGAACGUCCGGCCUACAAGGGACCCUUCUCGUUGGCGCCUCGCAACUCAACAAUGGACUCGGCUUUGGCAGAGAAGGCCCAGUUCUCCAUAGUUGAGAAAGAGCAGACUGUGCUGUCUCAAAUUCGUCAACCAAUGUGGGCCAUGGACGCUCUGAGAUAUAUCAACGGGGGUAGCCUGAUUGUAAGCCCUGCUCUGAAGCAGCUGGGCUCGCGUAAAAGGGCACCCCGUCAACUAAGGAUCCUCGAUCUCGGCGGACACGCCUCAUGCGAAUGGGCUUGGCAACUAGCUCACGAGUACCCUCAUGUGAAAGUCUAUACGGUCUUUACCGAGCAUCAGGCGGUCAACCCAGGCAUCAAAGGGCCUCCCAACCACCGGCACCUUCCUGUAUCCCAACUGUGGAAAUUGCCGUUCGCCGACAAUAAGUUUGAUGUAAUCUCGGCCCGCUCGCUUCCUGCUUUGCUAAAGAAGGAAUGUCCGACCGGGGAGACACAGGACCAGUAUGACCUGUGUCUGAAAGAGUGCCGACGCUGUCUCAAGCCAGGUGGUUACUUGGAGUUCUUUGUCAUGGAUGCGGAAAUAACACGCGCUGGCCCGCAGGCAUCUGCCAGGUCAGCUGAAUUUGCGUCCGGUCUCAAGGCUCUGGGUUACGACCCGACACCGACCAAAGGCUUUCUCAGUCGCUUGCAGAGGAACUUUGCGGAUGUCAAACGAGCCUGGAUGUUCCUACCCAUGGGUACUGAGCCGGUCAAGUCUGAACCACCUAGAGAGACCCCCGAUCCGAGGGUAAAGAGCCUCAUCGAAGAAUGUGAAGCGGUGCACGGCCCAGUCGGAAGUACAGCUGAUAUUGCCAGUGUCACGGGGGUGCUCGGUGGCUGGAUCUGGGAGCAAUGGCUUGUGAAGCUUCAAACGGAACUAGGACUGGACCAACAAGACCUGCUGGCAGGCAUUGGAACUACCUUAACCAACCAAACGGUGACCAUCGAACUCAAGAACGACAUUCGCAUCCGCGGCACCCUCAAAUCCGUCGACCAGUACCUGAACAUUAAGCUGGACGAUGUGGACGUCUUGGAUCUGGAUAAAUACCCGCAUUUGUCGUCCGUAAAGAACAUGUUUAUUCGUGGUAGUGUGGUGCGGUAUAAGGCGGACGGCCCGCCGAAAGCUACGUCCCGGCAAUCGCGGAUUACGCAAUUCGCGACGAAGGCGGAGAGAAGUAAUACUGGUAAUGAGGGCUCCUCGGGGGUGAGGGGUGGGAAUGGGGCUGCUGGCGCCGGGGGUUUGUUUUUGGAGGAUGCCAAGAAGGUGGUUAGUCUUACGAGUGGAGGGGACUAUGUCAGGGAAAAGACACCGGAGGAUAUUUGGGAGGAAGAAGAAGAAGAAGAACGGUUCCAGGAGAAUGGGGGCAGUGUGAAGAAGAGGAGGGUUGGGGAAGCUAUUGCGCUGGAAGAUGACAUUGAUAAUGGGAGUGGGGAGGAUAAGAAGAGGAAGACGGAGAGUGAGAGUGGCACUGAGGAGAAGUCAAAGCCGAAGCCGUCUCGAUCAGUCAGUGGACCGUUCAUUGAUGAGUCGGAUAGUGAGAGCGAGGAUCUUGAGCAGUUCAGGGAAUAUGAGAACGGGACUGAGAAUGAGACCGGGGUACUGGAUGAGAAGACAAACUCGGCGGAUGAAACCCGGACCCCCGCAGUCGAUGUCGACACACCACCGGUAAGAGAAGCCACGAGCCACGCCGAUGAUGAUUACGCGAAUUUUGACGAUCUAGAAGAGGACGAGUUCCGAGGGGAAGAAGAUUUCUUAGGUGCAUUUGAUGACGAUGAGGAUUACAAGGGUGAUAUUGGAUUUGAUGAUAGCGGGGUUUUGGGUGAAGAUUUUGGAUGCGAAGCGCCGGUGUGUCCCGUAUGUCAGGCUGUUUUGACAGGCUUGUCCGAGACGGAUGUCUCGGUACAUGUCAAUGACUGUCUUGAUGGGAAGCCUACGGAGUUGCUGAAACACGAGCCAGAGGCGGAGGCAGACCCGGACCCGGAGCCGGGACCGGAGCUAAAGACUACGAAAGGAAUGAGCCUUGCGGACAGGGCUGCUAUUGCGAGACCAGCGCAGCGUGACCCAUAUGCCUCUGGGGUCGCAGGGACGAGGUCGGCUUUUUCGAAGCUCAUGGCCGGCAACGCGGAAGAUACAGCAUGGAGUGCAGCGGCGGCGAACGAGGUUGCGGCCCGUGGCAAACAGGCGUAUCAACGGACGUGUCCGUUCUACAAGAUCAUCCCUGGAUUCUCCCUCUGUGUGGAUGCAUUUCGAUACGGAGCCGUAGAGGGAUGUAAUGCGUACUUCCUUAGUCACUUCCACAGCGACCAUUACAUCGGCCUGACGGGGUCGUGGCGCCAUGGACCAAUCUACUGCAGCAGACCUACGGCCAAUUUGGUGUGCCAACAAUUGAAGGUCGACCGGAAGUGGCUUGUACCACUUGAGUUCGAGCGGAAGACGGAAAUCCCGAAUACGGGAGGAGCGCAGGUGACUUUGAUCGAGGCUAAUCAUUGUCCUGGGAGCGCCAUCUUUCUCUUCGAGAAAUCAAUGGGAUCGGGUCCCUCGCAGAGAACACAUCGUGUCCUCCACUGUGGUGACUUUCGCGCCUCGCCGCUUCAUGUGCAACAUGCCCUUCUCCGCCCGGAGAUUGCUGACCCCGCAACCGGCAGGGCUCGCCAGCAACGAAUCGAUGCCUGCUAUCUGGACACUACAUAUUUGAGCCCCAAGUAUGCAUUCCCUGGCCAAGAAGAUGUCAUACAAGCCUGCGCAGAACUUUGCGUUGAGCUCGAUGGGGACGCCAACGACACCAAUGGACGAGCGUUUGGACGACCAGUCAAUGGAAAAGGCGGAAUGCUGAGCAAGUUUGUUACGGCUGUGACUGGAUCCCGCCCGUCUCCGACGCAAGACAGCCGCCCCCCUGGCCGGCUAUUGGUAGUAAUAGGGACGUACAGCAUCGGAAAAGAACGCAUCUGUCUGGGGAUCGCACGGGCAUUGAAGAGCAAGAUCUACGCGACGCCAGCUAAGCAGCGCGUCUGUGCGUGCCUCGAGGAUGCUGAGCUGUCAUCGCUGCUGACAGACGAUCCCACGGAGGCGCAGGUGCAUAUGCAAACGCUAUUCGAGAUCCGGGCGGAAACGCUGGCGGAUUACCUGGACUCGAUGAAGCCGCACUUCACGCGGGUGGUGGGAUUUCGACCAACCGGGUGGACGUAUCGCCCGCCAGCUGGCCGAAUGCUGGACAACCCACCGGUGUCGGUGGUGCUCAAUUCGGCACAUUGGAAGACGCCCUUUUCUGCGAAAGACCUGGUGCCACAGCGAGGGAGUACGCGGGAAAGCGCAUGCUUUGGAGUGCCGUACAGUGAGCACAGCUCAUUUCGGGAGUUGAGCAUGUUCUGCUGCGCACUCCGGAUCGGACGGGUGAUCCCGACAGUGAACGUAGGUAGCCGGAAAAGUCGGGAGCGCAUGAAGGCGUGGAUUGAGCGAUGGGAGGCGGAGAAGCGGAAGAAUGGGUUGUACCGCACCCUGCUAGUCCUCUAUUAUCUCCUUCCUUACCUAAAGCGCGCUCACCUCCGCGAUAUCCCCGCCCCCGGUCUGGCCGCCUUCACCAAUUUCUGGCUGCUCCUGCAAACUCGUCGCGGUCACCGUUUUGUCGUCGUCGACAACGCUCACAAGAAAUAUGGAAAGCUCGUUCGCAUCGCCCCCCGUCAUACCUCCAUCGCCGAUGAUGGCGCCAUUCAGGCUGUCUACGGCCACGGAAAUGGCUUCCUGAAGUCUGACUUCUACGAUGCCUUUGUCUCCAUUCACCGUGGUCUCUUCAACACGCGCGACCGCGCGGAGCACACCCGCAAGCGCAAGACCGUGUCUCACACCUUCAGUAUGAAGUCCAUCGGUCAGUUCGAGCAGUACAUCCACGGCAACAUCGAGCUCUUUGUCAAGCAAUGGAACCGCAUGGCCGAUACCCAGCGCAACCCCAAGACUGGGUUCGCCAGCCUGGACGCCCUGAACUGGUUCAACUACUUGGCUUUUGACAUCAUCGGUGACCUGGCCUUUGGCGCUCCCUUCGGCAUGCUCGACAAGGGCAAGGAUUUCGCCGAGAUGCGCAAGACUCCCGACUCGCCUCCUUCCUACGUCCAAGCCGUCGAGGUUCUCAACCGCCGCGGUGAAGUCUCCGCCACCCUGGGCUGCUACCCGGCCUUGAAGCCCUUUGCCAAGUACCUCCCCGACAGUUUCUUCCGUGAUGGUAUCCAAGCCGUCGAGGACCUGGCUGGUAUUGCCGUCGCCCGCGUCAACGAACGUCUCCGCCCCGAAGUCAUGGCCAACAACACCCGUGUCGACCUGCUCGCCCGUCUCAUGGAAGGCAAGGAUUGCAACGGCGAGAAGCUGGGUCGCGCCGAGCUCACCGCCGAGGCAUUGACCCAACUCAUCGCCGGAUCCGACACUACCUCCAACACCUCCUGCGCCAUCCUCUACUGGUGCAUGCGCACCCCCGGUGUGAUCGAGAAACUCCACAAGGUCCUGGACGAAGCCAUCCCUCAAGACGUCGACGUCCCUACUCACGCCAUGGUCAAGGAUAUCCCCUACCUCCAAUGGGUCAUCUGGGAAACCAUGCGUAUCCACAGCACCUCCGCCAUGGGUCUCCCCCGUGAAAUCCCCGCUGGUAACCCCCCCGUCACCAUCUCCGGCCACACCUUCUACCCCGGCGACGUUGUCUCCGUGCCCAGCUACACCAUCCACCGCUCCAAGGAGAUCUGGGGUCCCGAUGCCGAGCAAUUCGUCCCUGAGCGCUGGGACCCCGCCCGCCUUACCCCCCGUCAGAAGGCCGCUUUCAUUCCCUUCAGCACGGGCCCCAGAGCCUGUGUCGGUCGCAACGUCGCGGAGAUGGAACUCCUGGUUAUCUGCGGUACGGUGUUCCGCCUCUUCGAGUUCGAGAUGCAGCAGGAGGGUCCUAUGGAGACGAGAGAGGGUUUCUUGAGGAAGCCUCUCGGACUGCAGGUCGGUAUGAAGAGGAGACAGCCUGGUUCGGCUUGA